UUCGGAGGAAUAGUUUUGAUAAAUUGAUCGCAAUUUCCGCUAACUCUCGGUUCUCCUUAUUUUUUUGCCCACCUCGCUUUGAGCUUGGAAGGGGCUUCCGAGAGGCUCCUGGUGGAUAAAGUUUUCCAAAGUUUUUCUAGUGUGAUGGUUGAGGGGAGGGCAAGCUCGCUAGCUUGACUGAGCUCCACCUCACCUCCCCAGAGCAGCCCUAAGCCCGCGUAAAGGGACAAACAAACAAACAAACAAAGUUACACCUAGAGUCGCCUCGUGUCUUCUCUCUUCUUCCAGGAAAUCUUUUUCCUCCCUCUCUUCGGCCACCUCGCAGACUCCAGACCCCUUCUCUUGGCCCCAUCUCCUGGGUUUCGCCUAGGGGUGCCAGGACCCCCGGCUGCAGCCUCCCCUCCCCCGUCACUCUGGUCCGGCCCUCCCCUCCCCCUUCGCGGCCCGCACAGCCAAUCCCCCGAGCGGCCGCCAACAUGCUCUUUGAGGGCUUGGAGCUGGUGUCGGCGCUGGCCACCCUCGCCGCGUGCCUGGUGUCCGUGACGCUGCUGUUGGCGGUGUCGCAGCAGCUGUGGCAGCUACGCUGGGCUGCUACCCGCGACAAGAGCUGCAAGCUGCCCAUCCCCAAGGGCUCUAUGGGAUUCCCGCUCAUCGGAGAGACCGGACACUGGUUGCUACAGGGUUCUGGCUUCCAGUCUUCGCGCCGGGAGAAGUACGGCAAUGUUUUCAAGACACACUUGCUGGGGCGGCCGCUAAUUCGUGUGACUGGCGCAGAGAACGUGCGCAAGAUUCUCCUGGGAGAACACCAGCUUGUGAGCACCGAAUGGCCGCGGAGCGCACGCGUGCUGCUGGGCCCCAACACGGUGGCUAAUUCCAUUGGCGACAUCCACCGCAACAAGCGCAAGGUCUUCUCCAAGAUCUUCAGCCAUGAGGCACUAGAGAGCUACCUGCCCAAGAUCCAGCUGGUGAUCCAGGACACACUCCGGGCCUGGAGCAGCCAGCCGGAGGCCAUCAAUGUAUAUCAAGAGGCCCAGCGACUUACCUUCCGAAUGGCUGUGCGUGUGCUCCUGGGCUUCAGCAUCCCCGAGGAGGACCUGGGUCACCUCUUUGAGGUGUACCAGCAGUUUGUGGACAAUGUCUUCUCUCUUCCUGUGGACCUUCCCUUCAGUGGCUACCGAAGGGGCAUCCAAGCUCGGCAGAUCCUUCAGAAGGGCCUCGAGAAGGCUAUCCGUGAGAAGCUGCAGUGUACCCAAGGCAAGGACUACUCAGAUGCCCUGGACAUUCUCAUUGAGAGCAGCAAGGAACAUGGCAAGGAGAUGACCAUGCAGGAGCUAAAGGAUGGUACCUUGGAGCUGAUCUUUGCAGCCUAUGCCACCACAGCCAGUGCCAGCACAUCCUUGAUCAUGCAGCUGCUGAAACACCCCGCCGUGCUGGAGAAGCUGAGGGAGGAACUUCGGGCUCAGGGCCUGCUGCAUGGUGGUGGCUGUCCCUGUGAGGGCACCUUGCGCCUGGACACACUUAGCGGCCUACACUACCUGGACUGCGUUAUCAAGGAGGUCAUGAGGCUGUUCACGCCCAUCUCCGGUGGCUACCGUACUGUGCUGCAGACCUUCGAACUGGAUGGUUUCCAGAUCCCUAAAGGCUGGAGUGUCAUGUAUAGCAUCCGAGACACCCACGACACAGCACCCGUCUUCAAGGAUGUGAACGUGUUUGACCCUGACCGCUUCAGCCAGGCACGAAGCGAAGACAAGGAUGGCCGCUUCCAUUACCUCCCGUUUGGCGGUGGUGUGCGGACCUGCCUGGGCAAGCACCUGGCCAAGCUGUUCCUGAAGGUGCUUGCCGUGGAGCUGGCCAGCACCAGCCGCUUCGAGCUGGCCACCCGGACCUUCCCUGGCAUCACUCUAGUCCCUGUCCUGCACCCUGUGGAUGGCCUCAGUGUCAAGUUCUUUGGUCUGGACUCCAAUCAGAAUGAGAUUCUGCCUGAGACAGAGGCCAUGCUGAGUGCGACAGUGUAGCCUCACUCUGGUCUCAGCCCAGCCCAGCCGAGGGGUGGGGGACAGAGACAGAGACCUGUGGGGUGGGGAGGGGCUGGAUGGGAGGCCAGCAGCCCCCCCCAUGCUGUCCUUC